UCGUAAGACAAUUUCUUGCACAUUUCUUAUUUGCAAUUUUCUUGGCGUAAAUACUCCUUUAAGCUUAACCAUCUCUCUAUAUCCUCACUCUCUCUUCUUUCUCUCUGUAGAUCCUAUUUCCAAUUUUCUCUAUCAUGGCAGCCAGUCUCGCUCCUGUAUCAAUCUCAGGUGGAUCUAACUUGAAGGCACGUGAGCUUUGCUCCUCAAAGUCCCUUUCAUUUGGAAAAACACCAAGACUUGCAGUUCAAAGGAAGCUAAAUCUGGUGGGAACCAACCGCAAUUUAUCAGUUCGUGCCAAUUACCAAGAUGGUAAUAGGGGUGGUGGCAGUGACUUUGUGGCUGGUUUUCUUUUAGGAGGCGCCAUAUUUGGAACUUUGGCUUAUGUUUUUGCUCCUCAGAUCAGAAGAUCAUUGCUAAAUGAAGACGAAUAUGGGUUCCGGAAGGCCAAGCGACCAAUUUAUUAUGAUGAAGGCUUAGAGAAGACCAGGCAGACCUUGAAUGCAAAAAUUAGCCAGCUGAAUUCUGCUAUUGACAAUGUCUCUUCACGUUUGAGAGGGGGUAAUAACAAUCCACCUACUGUCCCUGUUGAAACUGAUCCUGAGGUAGAAGCUACCAUGUAAGAUAUGUUUCUCUCUUCGUUGCAAUCUGAGACCAGACACAUCGUAUGAGACCAGACAUGUAAGUGUGCGCCAUCCGUUGUACUUAAUGGAGGUUGCCUUUUGAUGUUUAAAUCAGAUUGCAAGUGUUAUAGUUAGCAUUAUUGCAGCCUCCAACACUGGCCUUAUUGAGGACUUAUAAUGGAAAUAGUAGCCUCUGAUCAUUUCCUUCUUUUAUCAUGUUACUUGUCAAUUGUCAUCCAUAAACACAGGGGUUGGUGAUUAUUGACAACCUUCUUUUCUUUUCAUCUCAUGCUGCUGUUUACAUUAAGAAGAGGCAUGAUUUUCAGUUAA